UAGUUCCAAACACGAUGACGACACAAGACGGGUCUUGGAUACUUUCGCGUUCAGUCUUGAAACUUAGCGUCUCUCCAAAGUUAGGCGAGUGUCCUGCUCAGCGCUGGGCUUGGAUCCCUGACAUGGAGGAUAUGCUGUCGUUCUGGGAUGUGGCCAUUUAUUUCUCUGCAGAGGAGUGGGAAUGUCUGGGUCCUGCUCAGUGGAAUUUGUACAGGGAUGUGAUAUUGGAGAUUUACAACAAUCUUGUGUUCGUGGGUCUUGCUUCAUCAAAGCCAUACCUGGUGACAUUUCUGGAGCAAAAACAAGAGCCUUCAGACAUGAAGAGACAAGCAGCUGCCGCCACGCAGCCAGGCAACGAACAAUAUCCAGUCAAAGAAUGUGGUAAAACCUUUCAUUGGAACUCACAACUUACUAACCACCAGAGGAUACAUUUAAGAAUGAAGCCCUAUACGUGUGAAGAGUGUGGCAAGUCUUUUUGUUUCCCAUCAUUACUGUCUAUACACAAGAGGAUUCAUACAGGAGAGAAACCCUACAAGUGUGAAGUGUGUGGCAAAUCCUUUCAUUCUCCGUCAUUAUUUUCCGUGCACAAGAGGAUCCAUACAGGAGAGAAACGCUACAGGUGUGAGGCAUGUGGCAAGGCCUUCCAUUGCCCAUCGUUACUUUCUGUACACAAGAACAUUCAUACUGGAGAGAAACCCUAUAAGUGUGACGUAUGUGGCAAGGCCUUCCAUGCUCCGUCAGUACUUUCUAGACAUAAGAGAAUCCAUACAGGGGGGAAACCCUAUAAAUGUGAAGUGUGUGACAAGGCCUUCCAUUGCCCAUCAGUACUUUCUGACCACAAGAACAUUCACACGGGAGAGAAACCCUACAAGUGUGAAGUAUGCAGCAAGUCCUUCCAUGCUCCACCAUUACUUUCUGCACACAAGAGAAUUCAUACAGGAGAAAAACCUUACAAGUGUGAACUGUGUGGCAAGGCCUUCCAUACCCCAUCACUGCGUUCUGUACAUAAAAGAAUUCAUACAGGAAAGAAACCCUAUAAGUGUGAAGUAUGUGGUGAGGUCUUUAGCACCUCCUGGCAAAUAUCUAGUCACUUGGUACUGCAUUCUGGAGAGAAACCAUACAGAUGUGAGGGAUGUGGAAAAGCCUUCUCUACAAAGUCAUACCUAACUAAGCAUAAAUUACUUCACAGUAUGGAGAAAAUUUACAGAUGUGAAGAAUGUGGCAAACAGCUCAACAGUUCUCGAAGUCUUCAAGAACAUCAAAGAAUUCAUUCUGGAGAGAAACCCUACAAGUGUAAAGAAUGUGGCAAAGACUUCAGAACGUACACAGCACGUUCUAGACAUCGGACCGUUCAUAUUGGAGAGAAAUGUUACAAGUGUGAAGAAUGUGGCAAAACCUUUUACCAGUCUUCUGGUCUAAAGCAACACCAAAGAAAUCAUCUGUAAGAGAAAGCACACUGGUGUGAAGAAUGUGCCAAGGACUUUGAGACUUACAAAGAAGUUUCAAAACUCCUUACCCACCCCAAGUCCUCCUGUACAAUCCAUUUUACCUUCCCAGGAAAAUGCAUGUAUCCACUAUAAAACCCUCCUUGUUACUUAGCCUCCUCGGGUAUAUGGAUUUAAGCAUGAUUAUCAUUUACUUAACAGCUAAUAUAUACUUAUAAGUGACUACA